CGCGGCAGCCAUGCGCUGGCUGGACGCGGUGCGCGUGGUCCUGGGCGUCUACGCCGCCGGGGCCCGGGAGAUCCUGGUGCAGCUGGUGCGGCGCCUGCGCGGGGGCUUCGUGGAGCCGGAAUUCCCUCCGCAGCCCGGCCGCGUGGCCCUGGUCACCGGGGGCUCCGAGGGCAUCGGCUUCGCCACCGCCAAGCGCCUGGCCCGCCUGGGGAUGCACGUGAUCAUCGCCGCCAACGAUGACGUCACGGGCACCGAGGCUGUGCGGCAGAUCCGGAAGGAGACGCUGAGUGACACCGUCGAGUUCCUGCACCUGGACCUGGGCUCCCUGAGCUCCGUGCGUGAAUUCGCCUGGGCGUUCGUGCGCCGGGGGCUCCCCCUGCACCUGCUGAUCUGCAACGCCGGCGUGAUGCUGCCGCCGCCCCCACUCCAUCGCCCCGCCGGCCCCGGGUUCGAGGAGCACCUGGUCACCAACUUCCUGGGCCACUUCCUGCUCGUGCACCUGCUGCUGGGGCCGCUGGGGGCCGGGGGCGGGGCCGGGCGCCAGGCGCGGGUGCUGCUGCUCGGCUCGGCGGUGCACAGGGCCGUCCCACGGGGGGCGGAGCUGCGGUUCAGGCCCGGGCCCCCGGCGCUGGCCGGCUACGCGGUGAGCAAGCUGGCGCUGGUGCUGUUCGCCUUCCGGCUGCACCGGGUGCUGGGCGCUCGGGGCCUGGACGCCUCCGCCAGCGCCGUGGACCCGGGCGUGGCCGGCACCGGGCUGUUCCGGCGCGCGCCGGACGUGCGGCUGCUGCGGGCGCUGCUGGGCCGCCUGCUGUUCAAGACGCCGGACGAGGCGGCCUGGACCACGCUGUACGGGGCGCUGGCGCCCGAGCUGGAGGCGGUGGGCGGGCUCUACCUGCACAACGAGGCGCCGGCCCGGGCCCUGGGCGCCGCCUACGACCCGGCCCUGCAGCGCCGGCUCUGGGCCCAGAGCUGCGAGCUCGUCGGCCUCCCCGACCUCAGCCGGGACCUGGAGUGACGGCGCGGUGGCGGCCAUGAUGGAUGCGAGCAAUAAAUCUCUAUUUUAUUUAAGAUGUU